AUGUCUUCCCCCAAGUACUCCGUCCGCUCUGUCGCGGCUCCUCACACCCUUGAGCACCGCAUCUACAUCGAGAAGGAUGGCCAGCCCGUCUCUCCCUUCCACGACAUCCCCCUCUAUGCCAACGAGCAGCAGACCAUCCUGAACAUGGUUGUUGAGAUCCCUCGCUGGACCAACGCCAAGCAGGAGAUCUCCAAGGAGGAGGCUCUCAACCCCAUCAAGCAGGACACCAAGAAGGGCAAGCUCCGCUUCGUCCGUAACUGCUUCCCCCACAAGGGCUACCUCUGGAACUACGGUGCCUUCCCCCAGACCUGGGAGGACCCCAACGUCACCCACCCCGAGACCAAGGCUCAGGGUGACAACGACCCGCUCGACGUCUGCGAGAUUGGUGAGCUCGUCGCCAAGCCCGGUGAGGUCAAGCAGGUCAAGGUCCUCGGUGUCAUGGCUCUGCUCGACGAGGGCGAGACUGACUGGAAGAUCAUCGUCAUUGACGUCAACGACCCUCUCGCCCCCAAGCUCAACGACAUCGAGGAUGUCGAGAGACACCUGCCUGGCCUUCUCCGCGCCACCAACGAGUGGUUCCGCAUCUACAAAAUCCCCGACGGUAAGCCCGAGAACCAGUUCGCCUUCAGCGGCGAGUGCAAGAACAAGAAGUACGCCAUGGACGUCGUCAGAGAGUGCGCCGAGGCCUGGGAGAAGCUCAUCACUGGCAAGACCAACAAGGGUGACAUCAACCUUGCCAACACCACCGUCUCGCACUCCAACGACCGUACCGAUGCUAGCAAGCUCGACAUCCCCCAGGGUGACAACAAGGCUCCUGCUCCCAUUGACCCCAGCAUUGACAAGUGGUUCUUCAUUUCCGGUGCUGCCGUUUAA